AUGCACGAAGUAAUUGCAGAUUCGGGGCAACACGGCGAUCUGGCUUGUGAGCAGUGUCGGCGCCGCAAGUCACGGUGCGAUCGUACCAGGCCGCGGUGUGGAUACUGCGUGCGGACGGGGACGGCGUGUGUUUUUGUCGAAAAGAGACCCAAGCGUGGUCCCAAGAAAGGACAGCUCCAGGCCUUGAGGGCCAAAGUUGUGUCACUGGAGCAACAGUUGGCAGAACAGGCCAGUACCGAGAAUACCCGGUUAAGUCGAGAGAUUGAGCAUGACGGGCUAGAAUUCGAUGGGAGCCUCCGCGACGCCGAUCUUCGUGGGAGCCCGGUCGCCGGGGCGAGCGAGUACACCGAUUGGGGGACAGGCAGUUGGCUGGACGACAUCGCCGGAAACUGGGUGGAGGCGGAUCUGGAGCUCCAGGACGUCGAACCGGAUAAGGAGCCACCAACGCCCAUGUCCCACGGCUGUCUCGAUCUCCCUGACCUAUUGAAAGCCGACCUCGACGCUCUAUAUUUCGACCGAGUUCACCCGUUUGCGCCAUUCUUAGACCGUGAACGCUACCUGUCCUGGGCCGAUCAGGAAACCCCCGGCACAGCGCGGGCCUGCCUACGACUGGCCAUGUGGGCGCUGGCCUCGGCCGUGUCAGCGCAGUUCCCGACACAUGCGGACCGGCUAUGCGCAGCGGCGCGCUCAGAGCUGGCACGGCUGCACGACGGAACCGACCCGGAACUGCCUUGGGCGGUACGCCACGUCGAGCUGGACGAGGUCCAGGCCUGGCUCCUUCUAGCGUACUGUGACUUUUUGCGGUGCCGGCGCCGCCGUAACCUGGCCACUGCCGCCCGCGCCCUGCGCCUGGUGCAGGUGGCCGGUUUGCACAUCGUCGACGCCGGGCCGCUCGAAUGUCCGUGCUGGGCUUGCUCCUCAGCAGGUUGGACCGUUGUGGUCAGUGCCGCGAGCGAGGAGAGGAGGAGGACGUUCUGGGUUGCGUUUUGCUUUGAUCGGCUGCUUGCCCUCUACAGCUCCCUGCCAGUGAUAAUACCAGAGGAGGUGGUCCGCGUUCGAUUCCCAGCCACAAACACAGGCCCCGAAACAGAGGCGCGGCAGCAAGGGAACAUCCCCUCCCACUCUGUCGACACGCCGCACAAGGCUGUAAGUGGCAUGUCGCCAUUCGCCGAGAGCACGACACUGGCGGAGCUGUACGGGCGCUGCCUAAUGCACCGGCGGUUGGCGGUGGCGGCGGUGGCCGAAGGCAAGGUGGUGGCCGACAAGGCCGCGGAGGAGUUCCUGCGGAGGCACGAGUGGCUGGCACAAGAUUUGGAGGCGCGCGUGGGCGGCGGCAUCAGCAUCAGCAGCGGGAGGCUCCCCGACAGGCAAGAAGACCCCUUGACCACCUUCAACUACGCCAUGGCCUGCAGCGCCGCCAUCCACCUCUACGACACGGCGGUGGCGUGCCCGUGGCAUGGUGCGCGGCACCAGGAACUCCUGGCGGUUGCCAAGAACACAGCGCUCCGGGCCGCCGAUGGAAUUGUGCUCCUUGCCGGGAGCCUGCGCCGCAUAAACUACCUCAAGAUGCAUCCCUUCCUGCCAUCUUUCCUGGCACAUGCGGCCGUUUUUCUUAGGCAACAUGGCGACGCCCAAAACGGCGAGGCGCGAAUCGUUGCCACCCUGAAACGGUUUGAGAUGAAUGAAUCGGCAAAGGAGCUGGUUGAGAAGCUCGAUGCGGGAGUACAGCAUAUUUUUUAG